ACUCAAAUCGAGAACGAGGCAUUUACCGAACAUUUCUUUUCAUCUCGAGAUGCCACGCACUAAAGUAGCCAAACGUAAACGCCUGCAGGUGCGCGAGGAGGCGGAGCGCGAGGAUCAACUGAGAUUGGCGCAAAUGAAGAUCGAGUCGGCGCUGGAGAAGAUCGAUGAGCUGGGCAGGCGCAGCAUACAACAGGUGCACAAUCAGCUCCAGCUCAUUAUGGCGCGCACACACGAUCACGUGCUGCACAUGAAGUGGAGCGACUUUAUGCAACUCAAUCUCCAGCACUUUGAGGACUAUCGUUGCUUGGCAGCUCCACCCAAAAUGCGCAGUCAGUCGAUCGCACGCAGCAGCCGUCUGCGCACACCGCAGCCCCAGAAGCCACCGGUGGCACGGCUCCAGGUGCAGUCCGUGGAUCGGGCUGUGCUGCGGCGUGUCGAGCUGCCGGCUAUGGCGCUCCUGCGCUGGCCCAAGCCCGGCGAGCUGGCGCUCUCCACCGGCGGCAGUCCGCUCGCCGUGCAGACCUUUCCCGAUCGCUGUGCCAAUGUCCACAUACCCACCAAGGCGGGCGUUCUCAAGCUGAAGCCGCAGAAGCUCUCGGAGGUGAAGCGCGAGGUGCUCAAGCAGCUGGACUCGACUACUCUGAAUCAGAUCAAGACUCUCAAUUCCAAUCUGCACAUGAUUGUGGACAUGGCCAACAAGCUGGGCAAACUCUAAGCGCAACUUCAAUUCUUCUUCUUCUUCAUCUUAUUUCAUUAAUAUUUUAUUUAGUCUUUUUCAUUUUCUCAUUUUCAAUGUUGUUUUUGUUUUUGUUUUCAAACAUUAAGUGUACGUGUGUUGAUGUUGCCUGUGUUGCUGUUG